AUGUGGCUGCCUUGCGUACACCUAUUUUCAGUAUUCAGAGGCCACUCGUUCCCAUGCGGUAAGGGGGGAAAGGCGGUAAAACGUGUGCCAAAGAAAGCUUUCUGCGCGAACUUCGGAAGCAAUGCUGCGGUGAUAGGCAGGAGGCGCAUUGUCAACGGGAGAAUGGUAGAGGCUAAACAUCCCAGGCGUCACCGUCCGGAACCAACUAAA